GUUUGGAUUACGAACGUUACGUGAUUCAUUAUAUGAAUGAACGCAGGUUCGCAGCAUCGCACCAACUACGUUUUCGGCGCACGGAGGCGUUACCGCCGGUCUGAACCAGAACCAGCUCCAAAAAACAAAAAACAUUGGCUCUGCUAGCAACAGAGCUUUGGACACCGAGCUAGCGAGAAGUUAAGAGAUAAACGCUGGGACGCCAUCACGGAUUUCCUGUGGGACAAACGCACGGGCCUCGCUGCUAAAACGAUGCCUCACACGAGACGGUACUCGUCUUCGGACAGAGACAGUCGAAGCAGCUACCAAGACCGUUACAGAGACAGAGGGCGAAGACAGCGGCACCGAAGAUCACCGUCUUUCUCCUCCAGCAGUGAAAGAGACAGAGACAGAAGGCCACGAGGACACAGACAGGAAGAAAGCUUUGUACACUCAAGGAGUCGUAGCUAUGACAAUCGCUCAACAGAGCACCGGCCGUUUGACCGAAGAUACUGCGAGGGAUACAGGCGCUUGGAUCAGACUCGAGAACAAGACCGCGACAGAGAAAGGGAACCACGCGGAGCGGGUGACACUUACUAUCCACGCGACUUUACCCCGAACAUGUACGACUACAGACGUGGCCGUGACAGGGAGCGCGAACGGGAAGAGUCGUACCGGCGGAAAGGCAGCAGGCGUAAGCACAAACGAAGGCGGCGUAGAACCAGGUCCUAUAGCCCAUCCUCCUCGCGGAGCGACAGCCGGACGCGGGCACUGAGUGUGAGGGACGACGAGGAAGGGCACCUGAUCUGUCGGAGUGGGGACGUCCUGCAAGAGAGAUAUGAGAUUGUCAGCACUUUGGGGGAAGGCACCUUUGGGAGGGUGAUGGAGUGCAUAGACCAUCGCAGGGGAGGGGCCUCUGUUGCUCUGAAAAUUAUCAAAAAUGUGGAGAAGUACAAGGAAGCAGCUCGCCUGGAGAUUAAUGUCUUAGAGAAGAUCAAUGAGAAGGACCCUGAAAACAAAUUCCUUUGUGUACAGAUGUAUGACUGGUUUGACUACCAUGGUCACAUGUGUAUCUCCUUUGAGCUGCUAGCACUCAGCACCUUUGACUUCCUAAAGGAAAACAACUACCUGCCCUAUUCAAUUGGCCAGGUCAGACACAUGGCCUACCAAAUCUGUCUUGCUGUGAAGUAUCUCCAUGACAGUAAGCUGACACACACCGAUCUAAAGCCAGAGAACAUCUUAUUUGUCAACUCAGACUUUACAAUGUCCUUCAAUGUCGAGAAGAAGCGUGAAGAUCGGAUGGUUAAGAGCACAGCAGUACGCGUGGUAGACUUUGGCAGUGCUACUUUUGACCAAGAGCACCACAGCACCAUAGUGUCCACGCGGCAUUACCGAGCCCCUGAGGUCAUUCUAGAGCUGGGCUGGAGUCAUCCCUGUGACGUGUGGAGCAUCGGCUGUAUCCUGUUUGAGUACUACCUGGGCUUCACCUUGUUUCAGACCCAUGACAAUAGGGAACAUUUGGCCAUGAUGGAGAGAAUCCUGGGACCAGUGCCCUCUAGGAUGAUUCGUAAGACGAGAAAGCAGAAGUAUUUCUAUCGCGGCCGUCUGGACUGGGACGAGAGCUCCUCAGCGGGGAAAUACGUCCGAGAGAACUGCAAACCCUUGCGGCGGUACCUGCUGUCGGAGGCGGAGGAGCACCACCAGCUGUUUGAUCUCAUUGAAAGCAUGCUGGAGUACGAGCCCUCCAAGAGGCUGGUGCUCGCUGACUCACUCAAGCACCCCUUCUUUGAGAACUGGGCGAUUGGCGAGGCAGGAAGCGGCAAAAACUGGGAGGGCAAUCGGGACAUCAGCCGGUGACCCGAGAGCCUCAAAAGACUGACUGGGGAGAGAUAGAUAUAGAUAUAGAUAUAUAUAUAUAUA